AUGGUCAGACUUGAUAGUUUCGCCGUGUUCUUCAAAAUUAUUAUCUCGGCUGCUACCGCUGCAACGAUUCUAUUUUCGGUGCGUUCCGCUGAACUCGAUCCGGAAACGAAGGGUGAAUACUACGCACUUCUGCUUGCCGUGACGCUGGGUAUGUAUCUGAUGGCAUCGUCAACCCAUCUCCUGAUGAUCUACCUCUCGCUCGAAACAGUCAGUCUUACCUCCUACAUCCUCGCUGGCUUCUUGACACAUAGUCCACGUUCGAGUGAAGCGGCAUUCAAAUAUAUCACCUUUGGCGCGAUAUCAUCGGGAACAAUGCUGUUUGGUAUCUCUCUCCUGUUCGGCAUGACCGGUACAGGGGAUAUUAUGCUAAUUAGCAGCCGAUUAGGGGAGAUGUUCAGCCAAGGCGAUGUCUAUCCGCUGGCUGUCCUGUUGUCGAUCACAUUUAUCCUCGCAGGUGUCGGCUACAAGAUCGCCUCCGUACCCUUCCACAUGUGGUCUCCUGAUGUCUACGAAGGUGCCCCAAUCCCAAUCACAGCGUUUCUAUCUGUCGCAUCCAAAUCGGCUGGGUUCGCCAUGUUCAUUCGCCUGUUCUAUUCAGGUUUCAAAUCGGCAGAUGCUUCUAUUGAUUGGUCCCUUAUGUUGGCAGUCGUCUCCGCCUUAACGAUGACCGUCGGUAAUCUUGCCGCGCUUCCGCAGCAAAAUGUGAAGCGACUUCUCGCCUACUCAAGUAUUUCGCAUGGUGGCUUCCUGCUCAUGGGUGGGGUGUUGCUGACGAGCGAAGGGCUUCAAGCGAUUCUCAUCUACUUGGUUAUCUAUCUGUUUAUGAACUUGGGAGCAUUCUUUGUCGUUAUCCUUAUUGCAAAUGAGGUCGGCAGUGAAACGAUUGACGGCUACCGUGGGCUAGGUUCCCGUGCACCACUCAUCGCAGUGUCAAUGGCGAUCUUCCUCUUUUCUUUGACCGGGCUGCCGCCCCUUGCGGGCUUCGCAGGAAAAUGGAUUCUGUUUGCCGCCGUCAUCAAGGAAAAACUCUACUGGCUAGCAAUUAUCGGCUUGCUCAACAGUGUCGUCGCGCUUUACUACUAUGUGCGAAUCGUCAAGGCAAUGUUCCUUGAAACGUCCGAUGACACGGAAUCCCUCUCUUUCUCACCUGGCAGUCUUGUCCUACUCCUUGUUUUUGUCGUUCCGACCCUCCUGCUCGGUAUCUAUUGGAACCCCUUAUACGAACUAUCCAGAGUCUCCCUCGGAAAACUGAUGGGCUAA